GUAAAAAGGUUUGGCCCUCGUGCUGGAAGUCAGGCCUAAAGUCCGUUCGGUUUAUGACCAAUUAGAGAGCGCCUCAUUUGCAUCGGUCUUGGCAUGGCCAAAUGCGAAUGUCUUCUCGCUGCGGGCCUGGUUCCAUUGAUGCUGACCAGCUCCAUCGUGGCCACUUGGACUUGGAGAUGUUUGUACAAAGAAUUUCCAGUGGACGUUGAAAAGAUCAAGGGCGGCUGGUAUGUUUAUGGGACUAGUCCCGGGAGAAUUAAGGUCUGCUACUUUGAAGAGCUGGAUCUGUAUUGGACCAGGAUCACCCAAACGGACUUUACAAAUUAUGCCGUUGAGCUGCAUUGUUCCUUACCCUGGAUGCGUCAUCAGAUGGCUAUUUAUACGCGAAAAGCCAUCCCGAGUGAAAAGACUCUCGAAGAUAUAGCUGCGUAUCUGAAGACAGUGGAUCUGACAAUCAAAAACUUCAGCCUAAUCCGGCAAAAUAAGGACUGUCGGUCGCAGAAGCCUCCGAUCAUGCAGCGCUGGCAUUUGUCCCGAUAUCUGUACAUGGAUUAUAAUCCGGUUUAUGUCAAGCCCUUGGUGGAGAACGAAAACAUCUGAGCCGGCCAUUGUGCGGCAUCUCUCCUCUCCAACUGGCAACUUUCUUUACCCCGAAAUUAACAUAUGCCAAAUUUGGUACAAAUAUGCGAAUGUCAUACCAUCGAAUGUCGCAUAACAAAGACCGACCGAUCGAGAAGUCCGAAGUGACGAUACCCUCUUCGC